AGUCCCGGACGGUGAGCCCCAGCGGGAUUUGCAUCCCAGACCGACGCACAGAGCUCGCCGCCUCUGGGGCUCCAGGAACAGCUCUGAGCUGGUCGCAGGAGUAGGUUGUUACCCUCCAGCCAUGCUGUAUGACGGCGAAUGGCGGCUUCUCUGUGCUGUAUCCGGGCAACCCCCAGCCCGGGGACCUGAUUGAGAUUUUCCGGCCGGCCUAUCAGCACUGGGCUCUGUAUCUGGGGGAUGGGUACGUCAUCAAUGUGGCGCCUGUCGAGGAAGGUGCCGCGUCGUCGCUGGCCAGCGCCAAGUCGGUGUUCAGCCGGAAGGCCCUGGUGAAGAUGCAGCUCCUGAAGGACGUGGUGGGGAGCGACAGGUACCGAAUCAACAACAAGUACGACGCCGCCUACGCCCCGCUGCCCACGGAGCACAUCCUCCGGCGCGCCGAGCUCCUCGUCGGCCAGGAAGUGUCCUACGACCUGCUGGGCAACAACUGCGAGCACUUUGUGACGCUGCUGCGCUACGGGGAGGGGGUCUCCGAGCAGGCCAGCCGAGCAAUGGGCGCCGUGGGGUUUGUAACCGCUGCCGCCGGCGCCGUCUCCCUGCUGGGCUUUUUCCAGAACCGAUCCAGGGACCGGCAGUAUUGACCAGCUCCCAAGAGAGCGCCCAGCGGGCAGGGGCUGGAUCCCAGCGGGGGACGGACCAGCUCAGCCCGCGGCUAACGCCACCACAGACACUUGCUGCUAAG